AUGGAUUCACAACAACAAUCAGUGUAUAACUUCUCUCAACAGAUGGAUUCAAACGAACAAGCUCCAAGUUCAAGCAACCCAAACCCAAUAGUUAAUGGUGUUGUCUCAACUCCCAUCUACAAAAAUCCUCACAUUCUUGAUCGUGAGCUACAUAUCAACCUUGCAACACCGUUUGAGAAACUGGAAGUUCUGUGUGAAUCACUGGUGGAUUUCCAAAACAUGCGAAGAAAUGGUAUUGACCUCGCUGAAGAACUGAAGAAUCAAGGUUGGGGAAACUACUUCCAACGUCUGUAUGGUCCAGUUUACACAAACCUAGUGAAGGAAUUAUGGAGAUUCGCUGACGCUGACGAUCACUACAUCGUCUCCUAUGUUCUGGGAGAUAAGAUGGUGAUCACUGAGAAGUCCAUUGCUGCUCUUUUGGGCAUGGAGAAAGAUGGAGGAAGAAGGAUUUACAACAUUAAUCCUAGGGCAAAAUAUUUGUCCCAUGAGAUUAAUCCAACUAUCUUCAAACAGAACGCUGAAGGCAACCACUCCAAGAACGAGGAACAACAUCAGAACCUCCGGCAAGGAGUAGAUAUCUCAGGUUUCAACAUAAGCCAGCUGCUAGACGAGCCUCCUAACUUCAUGAAGCGACCACGGGGACCAUCUGAGAAGGCAAAGAAAGCGAAGAAAGCGAAGCAGGGAGAAUCCUCCGGAUCAAGACCUCCAGUACCUCUGACUGAAUCUUCUGGUAAGUCUGUUUCUCUCGCUCCUUCUGUACAACUGAAGACCAUUGCUUCCUCUAUCCCUAAACCACCACCCAUUUAUACCACCUCAGACACUCCUCCCUUAACCACCAGAACAUCUACCCAACCAUCACAGAAAUUCAACCUUGCCACCACAACCUUACCCAUUUCAGAAGCAGAUAUGCUAAAGGAAACAACCUCACCCUCUUCAUCUUCUUCUCCAGAAUCACCCCCCUACUAUAACAUUUCCACAGAUACUGAACCAUCUGACCUUCCCUCUCCAAAUCUGGCUCAGCUCCAAACACGUGCUCUGGCCUCACAACAGCCAACACAAUCCACACCUGAACCAGAAGUCACCUCAUCACCCACAGAACAACCAAACCCAACCACAUCUAACCCUCCACCAUCUGAAACAACUCACGCUGAAACUCAACCACCCCACUCUGACACACCCCCACCAUAUACAUUUGCUGAACCACAAACUCCCACACUCAACCUAAGUCCUCUUACUUCUCCACCCCAGCCUUUGAACCUGAAAACACCCUUCCAACCCUUGAGGAAGCAAUAA